CCCGGGGCCUAUAAAUUCUCGUUCCGGGGCCACGUCUGGCGCAUCCACGUUCCGGGCCCACGUGACGACUCCGGGUUUCCAUGGCGUCACUAUGCCGACCGUUGCUCUGCCGACCAGCGGCCUCCUCUUUGCUGGGCGCCAUGGUGCGGCCCACGCUGGGGGCCACCGCGGCCCGCUGGGCCCACGGGGCCCCUCCGCCUCCCACCACGAACCCCGUGGUCUUCAUGGACGUGUCGGCAGACUCGGGCCCGCUCGGCAGGAUCACGUUUGAGUUGAGGGCUGACGUGGUGCCCAAGACUGCAGAGAAUUUCCGUGCACUGUGUACGGGGGAGCAUGGCUUCGGAUACAAGGGCUCCAUCUUCCACAGAAUCAUCCCCAAAUUCAUGUGCCAGGGGGGAGACUUCACUCGCAAUGAUGGCACGGGUGGAGUGUCCAUCUAUGGCAGGACGUUCCGUGACGAGAACUUCAUUCUCAAGCACACAGGGCCCGGUAUACUGUCAAUGGCAAAUGCUGGGAAAAACACAAAUGGAUCCCAGUUCUUUAUCUGCACGGACCUUACAAACUGGCUGGACGGGAAGCACGUGGUGUUUGGUCACGUGACGAGCGGCAUGGACAUCGUGAAGAAGAUGGAGGAGCUGGGCUCGCGCAAGGGAGAUGUCAAGGGUCGCGUGGAGAUUACCGACUGCGGCGAGGUCAAAUGAUGGCGGCACCGACGACUUCGUACCCCCCCCCCUCCACGCUCUCCCCGUCUGUCUCCUCGCCUUGCUCACGCUCUCCACACUCUAUAGAACUCUCGCAAGCGCUUGCCGCUUUAUCCUUAGUCACAGCUCCGUCUCGAGCCUCUCGGCUGCUUCCAAGACGCAGGAGUGAGCGGCUCAGCCGUGGCUCUGAUUGGCAUCAUGGAAACCCUGAACUUGGCUGGGACCAUUGGGAGCUGGCUCAAGUUAAGUGCGCAUGGCUUUGAGUCGGCUCCCUUGACCCCAAGCCAGAGCCAAGCCAUGGCUAAGAAUACGAGCCUCACUCUUCUCUCUAUCACACGCUCAAUGAUGAUUUUUGUAGGGGGGGGGGCGAUGAUAACUUCUCACGCCAUUCUACAUCUCGUUCAAGAGGUUGGCGAUGAAAAUAUUUCUGCUCAUCAAAGUGUUUACUUUAGUCCGACGCCGCGCAGACGGACAUCCUCAAGCGCGACGACAGCUCUCCGCCUGCUGCCAUCCGGAGACCGUGGCGCGACUGCCUGCCUGACGAGAUUAAAUUGGCGCGUCUGAAAGGCGCUGCCUCCGAUUCGUUCGUAACGUCACUAGAACCUGCACUGAGGAAGACUAAACGUGGUGAUUGGUUGUGUGUGUGGAUAGCGGGGGGGGGAAGGAUUGCGUGCCUCCUCGCAUCAAGAUUUAAUGAUGGAGAGCGUUUGGUGGCUCUGAAUUCCAUCGACUUAACACCGUGUCAGAUUCCACGGGAUGUUUUUGACUACUUUAAGACCUGCGACUUGAAUUCGAAAUGCGGGCUGGAUUAACUCGCCCUGGGACUGUCAAUAAACUUCACCUUCAAUAAAAUUUGCUACGCGA